UGAGGAGCGGAAGAGGCUGCUGGGCGCGGGGCGGGGCGCGUGAAGGGCUGGCUCGGAGAACGCUGAAGUGGCCCGGCUGGAGCGCGGCAGCGAGGCGUUCCAGCGUUCUCUUUCCGAACGUUGGGAGACUUUUGGAACGGUCGCGGCGUUCUGCGGCGCCCACGCGAGGCCCGGCCGGAAUCUCUCGCUUGCUUUCGUGACCGCUCGCUCUCCGGGGAGGGCAGGCAGGCAGGCAGGCGGGCGCCAGCGAGCCGCUCUAAGGGAGGAAAAGGAGCCGCGGCAGAGUUGUUUUUUUCCCGAGUCGUGAGGCUGGCAGGGCCCUGCGGGGUUUCGGGGAGCGCUCCGCUCGGCGUUUCGCACUUCGAUGGUUUGCUCCGACCGACAUGAGCCGCCCGUCCUCCGCCGGACCCAGCACUAGCAACCCUUGCGGCAAGCAGCAGCAGCAGCAGCAGCUUACUCCGUCUCUGGCGGCGGCGGCUGCUCCCGCUGCUGCUGCUGCUGCCCCCGCCAGUAACAACGCCGCCGCCGCCACCAUCUCGGCUGCCGGAGCCGCCUCUUCUGGGGUGCCGGCGGCGGCCACGGUGCUCUCGAGCCCUGGAGGGGGCGACGGCAGCGGGGGGCCGGUCUCGCCUCAGCACCACGAGCUGACCUCGCUGUUCGAGUGCCCCGUGUGCUUCGACUAUGUCCUGCCGCCGAUCCUGCAGUGUCAGGCCGGGCAUCUGGUGUGCAACCAAUGCCGGCAGAAGCUGAGCUGCUGCCCCACGUGCAGGGGAUCGCUCACCCCCAGCAUCCGGAAUUUGGCCAUGGAGAAAGUGGCCUCGGCCGUCCUCUUCCCUUGCAAGUAUGCAACUACAGGUUGUUCUCUGACCCUUCAUCAUACAGAGAAGCCAGAACAUGAAGACAUUUGUGAAUUCCGCCCUUACUCCUGCCCUUGUCCUGGUGCAUCCUGCAAAUGGCAGGGCUCUCUGGAAGCUGUCAUGUCUCAUCUCAUGCACGCUCACAAGAGCAUCACCACACUUCAAGGAGAAGACAUUGUCUUCCUUGCCACAGAUAUUAACUUGCCAGGGGCUGUCGACUGGGUCAUGAUGCAGUCUUGCUUUGGCCAUCAUUUCAUGCUGGUCUUAGAGAAACAGGAGAAGUACGAAGGGCACCAGCAGUUCUUUGCCAUUGUCCUGCUCAUCGGCACACGCAAGCAAGCAGAGAACUUUGCAUACAGACUCGAACUCAAUGGCAAUCGACGGAGGCUCACUUGGGAGGCCACACCACGCUCCAUUCAUGAUGGUGUGGCGGCAGCCAUCCUGAACAGUGAUUGUCUUGUUUUUGACACUGCCAUAGCACACCUUUUUGCAGACAAUGGGAACCUUGGAAUCAAUGUGACUAUUUCUACAUGUUGUCCAUGAUGUUGUGUAACUGAUGAGAUUACAUGGUUGUCUGGACAUAGUACUUUUUCUGUUUUACUGAUUUUUUAAAAAAUAGUAUUCAGCUAUAGCCUGUCUGGUUGUUAUUUCUCAUGUGAUUUACAUUCAGAAGACACAAAAGUCAUGCCCACAAAAGGUGCCUUCACGGCCCUGCAGUCCAUGCUUUGGGUUGACACAUUUGUAGAGGGGCUUCUGUUCUAUGACUCCCCCAACCUGCCCCAAUAUGGAAGCCCAUGUGACUGUUGGUCAUGUGAGGGGGAAUAUCCAAAUAGGAAUCACGCCUUCAUAAAUGGUUCUUAUGUAGCCUGCCAUUUUGAAAUUUCCCAUAGCCACCCAAUACUUGGGGGAAUUUAUUGUUAAUAGUAUUCUAAUGCAAUGGAAUGAGUUGGCCCUGUUAACUUGAAAGGGAGAAGUUACAUUUUCAGUAUCAUUGGAUGUGUUUUUGGAGGAGGGAAGAGAUUCCCUCAUCUUGAGAGGCAACGUUUCUUUAGAUCAGGGAUGGGCUGAGUGCAAUCUUCCAGAUGUUUUUGGACUGCAGUUCCCAGCAUUCUUCCCCAGCGGUUGCACUGGCGGUGCUAAUGGGAGUUGUUGCAGCCCAACAGCAUCUGCUGGUGACCCACAUGUGGCCCUCCCCUGCUUUUGACAUGUAGAAUUGGAAGGGAAGGUGUAGGGUACACAUCGGAGAUCACUUUGCUGUGCUAAAUGUGGGGCAGGUUCCACAUGGAAAAGAAAUAGGUGGUUUAGUCCUUGAGCUUUAAAUAGACUGUACCACCUCAGACUGUAAGUGGCAGAGAGACUGUAUUUUGAAAAGGGGUGGAGCAAUAACCAGUAACUCCGCUGUAACUCCUAAUGGGUACAGAGAAACAGGGCGCCCGCGAUUGGCGGGUUCCAACUCUGCAUCUCUCUGCUGUGAUGGUGUUCUUACUUCUUGUGGGAUAACUGUUACUAUUAUUAAUGUCAAAACUGUGAUCCUUCACCUGCGGCUUUACGUGGCACAUGCUGUUUCUACUGCCACACUUGUAGGUAAGGCUAUAUGAACUGUCUCUGAUGUAAACAAAUUUAAAAGGGGGCUUUUGAUGAGGUCUUUUAGUGAUCUAAUGUGAAAACAAAGGAAAGGGAAGAUACUGAGGAUGAGAACUGGGGUUAGAUUUGCAUUAUGACUUAAGACUUUGAAGACAGACCACUUACAUAGGACAUCAGAGACUUAACAAUUAUACAGUUUUCAUAAUUUGAGAGAAGAGAAUGUACUUCUUGUGAAGUGGUCACACUUGCUUGUGUGCUUCUGCUAAUCAGGUUUUUUGUUUUGUUUUAAGCAGAUAUGUUUGUUCUGUUAGAGCAAAAGAGUCGCAUAUCUCUGCAAAAUGUUUUAUCCUCUUCAUCCAUCCAUUUCAGCAAGAGCUGAAGAGGCUCAACAAAUUGUGAGUGCUGCUUAGUUAUGGGGUGUCAGAAACCAAGAUGGGCUGGAGCAGUUAAAAGUAGGUCCCAUCUAUAAAUAAAUCCCCGUUGUUUACAUGUGGCUUCCCCUCUGGGAAGGCAUAUUUACCAUACUUGACAUUAAAUUUGUAAAGACUGGUUUAGAAUAACACAUGGGAAAGAGAUACAGUGGUUGUCUUGUCUUCUGCUAUUUAAGUUGAGGGGCGGUAAUUUCUGUUGAUGUUGUUGCCAUAUUUACUCUAGUUUUUUAAAUAAAUAUUUUGCAAAAAUAA